AUUCAGGGCCUGAAAACCCAGGACGAACUUGUAUCCAUCUCAGAGAUUCCUGCAGGAGUCAUGAGGUGCCCUAUGUGUCACCAACUCAACCACGUGCCUGGCCAAUUAUUUUGUCAUUUGUGCUGGUCCUGUACCAUGAACAAAGAGAAAAAUUAGCUCUUUGAAGAGAAAGUGGUUCCUUAUUGCAGGCACUGGUCUCUUACUGCUGGAGGUAGGAAAUGGAUGAGAAUAUUUGAUCUGGGUGAUCGGAACUGAGGCCAAUUUUAUGACAGCAUUGUGAUUAGCAACAUGCCUUUUCCCAGAACAAGGGAGGGCAGGGAUCACCGAGACCACCACCAAGCUCCCAGUGAGGAAGAGGUCCUGGAGAAAUGGGACUGGAAUUGUCCAGAGACCCGUCGUCUCUUGGAGGAUGCCUUCUUCCGUGAUGAGGAUUAUAUCCGCCAAGGUUCUGAGGAAUGCCAGAAGUUCUGGAUCUUUUUUGAACGCCUGCAGAGAUUCCAGAAUCUCAAGACCUCCAGGAAGGAGGAUAAAGACCCUGGGCAUCCCAAGCACAGCAUUCCAGCACUAGCCAACCUACCAAGUGCUUACGACCCUCGUUAUCGCAUCAACCUCUCUGUACUUGGCCCUGACACAUGGAGCUCUCGAGGGAUAGGCAGACGCUUGCCCAUGGAGAGAAUGUCUGAGUUCCGCAGAGCCAUGUUGCACUACCUGGACUUUGGCCAGAAGCAGGCUUUUGGGCGGUUGGCCAAACUGCAGCGUGAGCGGGCAGCACUCCCCAUUGCCCAGUAUGGGAACCGCAUCCUGCAGAUGCUGAAGGAUCACCAGGUGGUAGUGGUGGCUGGUGACACGGGCUGUGGCAAGUCCACUCAGGUGCCCCAGUACCUGCUGGCCGCUGGCUUCAGUCAUGUGGCUUGCACUCAGCCUCGGCGAAUUGCCUGCAUCUCGCUGGCCAAGCGUGUUGGCUUUGAGAGCCUCAGUCAAUAUGGCUCCCAGGUUGGCUACCAGAUCCGCUUUGAGAGCACACGCUCAGCAGCCACUAAGAUUGUGUUCCUGACAGUGGGGCUGCUCCUACGGCAAAUCCAGCGGGAGCCCACUCUGCCUCAGUAUGAAGUCCUGAUCGUGGAUGAAGUCCAUGAGCGGCACCUCCACAAUGACUUCCUCCUGGGCGUCCUCCGGCGCCUGCUGCCCAAGCGGCCUGACCUGAAGGUCAUCCUCAUGUCGGCCACCAUCAACAUCUCACUCUUCUCCAGCUACUUCGGUAAUGCCCCUGUGGUGCAGGUGCCAGGGAGGCUAUUUCCCAUCACAGUUGUAUACCAGCCACAGGAAGUGGAGCCAACAACAUCCAAGUCGGAAAAGUUGGACCCGCAGCCUUUUCUGAGGGUGCUGGAGGCCAUUGACAACAAGUAUCCUCCUGAGGAGCGGGGUGACGUCUUGGUCUUCCUCAGUGGCAUGGCAGAGAUCAGCACCGUGCUUGAGGCUGCCCAGACCUAUGCCAGCCACACCCAGCGCUGGGUGGUGCUGCCGCUGCACAGCGCCCUCUCUGUGGCCGACCAGGACAAGGUAUUUGAUGUGCCACCCCCCGGAGUCCGGAAAUGUAUCCUCUCCACCAACAUUGCUGAGACCUCAGUCACUAUUGAUGGGAUCCGCUUUGUAGUAGAUUCUGGGAAGGUGAAGGAGAUGAGCUAUGACCCACAAGCCAAACUUCAGCGGCUGCAGGAGUUCUGGAUCAGUCAGGCCAGCGCAGAGCAGCGUAAGGGCCGUGCAGGCCGCACAGGCCCUGGAGUCUGCUUUCGUCUCUAUGCUGAAUCAGACUAUGAUGCCUUCGCCCCCUACCCUGUCCCAGAAAUUCAAAGGGUGGCCCUGGAUGCAUUGGUAUUGCAGAUGAAGAGCAUGAGUGUGGGAGAUCCCCGAACCUUCCCCUUCAUUGAGCCCCCACCACCAGCCAGCCUGGAAACUGCCAUCCUCUACCUCCGGGACCAGGGGGCCCUGGACAACUCAGAGGCUCUCACCCCCAUCGGGUCCCUGCUGGCCCAGCUGCCCGUGGAUGUCGUGAUUGGGAAGAUGCUGAUUCUGGGCUCCAUGUUCAGCCUGGCAGAGCCAGUGCUUACCAUCGCGGCUGCCCUCAGCGUCCAGUCACCCUUCACCCGCAGUGCCCAGAGCAGUCCAGAAUGUAUGGCAGCACGGCGGCCACUGGAGAGUGACCAGGGUGACCCCUUCACACUCUUCAACGUCUUCAACACCUGGGUGCAGGUGAAAUCUGAACGGAGCAGAAACACACGCAAGUGGUGCCGCAGUCGGGGCAUAGAGGAGCAUCGGCUGUACGAGAUGGCCAACUUGCGUCGCCAGUUCAAGGAGCUGUUGGAGGAUCAUGGGCUGCUGGCUGGGGGCCAGGCUGUGAAGCCAGGGGACAGCUAUAGUCGGCUACAGCAGCGCCGUGAGCGCCGGGCACUGUAUCAGCUGAAGCGCCAGCACGAGGAGAGCAGGGGGCGCAGGCGCAAGGUGCUGCAGCUGCAGGAGGACCCAGGCGGCUGCUCCAGCGAUGAAGACCAGGCUGGCCCAGCCUCCCAGGGGGCUGAUGAUGGUGUGGACAUCCAGGAUGUAAAGUUUAAGCUCCGGCACAACCUGGAGCAGCUGCAGGCAGCUGCCAGCUCGGCCCAGGCCCUGACCCGUGAUCAAAUGGCCCUGCUCAAGCUAGUGCUGGGCCGGGGCCUCUAUCCCCAGCUUGCCAUCCCGGACCCGUUCAACAGUGGCCGCAAGGACUCAGAUCAGAUUUUCCACACCCAGGCCAAGCAGGGCACCGUGCUGCACCCCACCUGUGUCUUCGCCAGCAGCCCUGAGGUGCUGUACACACCGGAGCAGGAGACUAGGGGCAGCGAAAGGACCCGAGAUGUCAAAGACAAGAUGAGUAGCCAACACCAGCUCCUCACCUUUGUAUCCCUGUUGGAGACCAACAAGCCCUACCUGGUGAACUGCGUCCGCAUCCCUGCCCUCCAGUCCCUCCUGCUGUUCAGUCAGUCCCUGGACACCAAUGGUGACUGCUCCCGCCUGGUAGCCGAUGGCUGGCUAGAGCUGCAGCUGGCAGACAGCGAGAGUGCCGUCCGGCUCCUUGCAGCUUCCCUGAGGCUCCGUGCCCAGUGGGAAAGUACCUUGGACUGGCAGCUGGCUCGCAAGGCUCAGCAGCGGCCAGAGGAGGAGGAAGAGGAACAGGAUCUGCUGGCCAGCUGCAAGGAGAUGGCAGCCCUGAGCAGGGAACUGCUGCAGUUCAUGGCAUCCAAGGUUCCCUACAGCCUCCGGAGACUAACAGGGCUGGAAGCCCAGAACCUUUAUGUGGGACCCCAGACCAUCACGGCUGCCCCCAGACUCCCCAGCCUCUUUGGCAGCUCUACCCUUUCCCCCCACCCUACCAAGGGGGGCUACAGUGUCACUGACUUCCUCACCUACAACUGCCUCACGAGUGACACAGACCUGUACAGCGAUUGCCUGCGCACCUUCUGGACCUGCCCCCACUGUGGCCUGCACAUGCCGCUCACGCCCUUGGAGCGCAUCACCCAUGAGAACGCCUGUCCUGAGGCCCCACAGGAUGGCCCCGCAGGGACUGAGGAAGAUGCCCCUGAGCCCCUCCAGAAGGUGUCUGCCCUGCAGAGGCCCUUCCACUGCGAGGCCUGCCAGAAGGACUUUCUAUUCACACCCACAGAGGUGCUGCGGCACCGGAAGCAGCAUGUGUGAGCUGGGCUGGGAGCCCUGCCCACCUCCCUGCCCAGGGCCAGGGCACCUGCCUGUCCCCCAGCCUAGGCUCAGAACCGUGGUCUGGUCACAGUCCAGAGGUGGGGGAGUGCGAAUAUGUGAAUAAAGUCUACUAUUCUGACUCAGAC